CGAUCGACAGUCAAAAGAGACGCUGAAUGUGGCCGACAAUGGCAUCGCCGAAGAGAGCCACCCUUCGGAUGAUCCCAAUGACCAGCUGGCCAAUGCAGCGAACCUAGCCGUCAUGGCGCCAUCUAUAGUGCUACCUGAACUCAGCUAUCCUCCAGCGACGGCGUCGUCAGCACCUGGCGCGUUGGUGAGUGAAGAACUUCUUCCGGAAAGCACAUCCACGCGGCGUCUACGGAUGGGUGCAGCUUUUGUGACGCUCUUUCUAGCUGGUUGGAAUGGAGGAGCGACUGGUGCUCUCAUCCCUUACAUCGAAGAAGCUUACAAUAUCGGAUACGCACGCGUUGCGAUCCUCUUCGUCUCCACAUUUCUGGGCUACGCUGCGGCAGCGGCAGCCUCAGGCACACUAGCUCGGAAGAUCGGGUUUGGUAGAGCAUUACUUGUUGCUGUAGCCAUAGAGCUCGUCGGCAAUGCUAUCAACUCAUCUCAACAAGUUAACUUCAAUCUAAUGUGCUUCGGCUUCUGGGUCGUAGGGGUCGCAUUUGCCACACAGCUUGGCUUGUGUCAUGCUUACUUCGCACUCCUCCGCCGACCACUGAUGUACACUGGUAUCCUUCACGGUAUCUAUGGCCUCGGCGCAUUCGCAAGCCCUCUCGUCGCCACCGCCAUGGUCACUCAUGGAAUUCCCUACCACCUAUUCUACGUGACCAACGUAGGGAUGAAUGUCCCCGUAUUCGCACUCGUCUGGUUCGCUUUCCACGAUCUUCAAGCCUUACCUGCACAUCCUGCGGAGCCACAAGUGUCCGUUGGAGGUACGGAUCAUAGUUUACGUGAAACAUUGACGAGCAAGACGGUUUGGAUUCUCGCUAUAUUUUUGAUGCUUUACGUGGGAGCCGAGGAAACAAUUGGUGGAUGGAUUGUCUCCUACGUCCUUGAAGUCCGAAAAGGCAGUCCCGAAGGUGCUUCUUGGGUCGCCUCUGCCUUUUACCUCGGCUUAGCAAUCGGACGCAUCGCUCUCCCAGCGCUGAACACAUUCAUCGGUGAACGGCGUGCUAUCUUCUUCUACCUUGCUAUUGCGAUCGCGCUCGAAGCCAUCGCAUGGGCUGUCCCUGCAGUCGCAUCUACUGCUGCUGCUACUGCUCUUGUCGGCCUCGCCAUCUCGACCUUCUACGCCACCGUGAUAACCACCGGUGGCAAACUCCUUCCCCGGCGCCUCCACGCCGACGCUUUCGCCAUCAUCUCCUCUGUGGGUCAAAUCGGAAGCGCUCUCUUCCCGUUAUUGGUCGGUCUCUUGAGCGCACAGAAGGGAGUGGGGAUAUGGAUCGUGGAGCCGAGUGUGGUUGCGCUACUGGGCGCGCAGGGGGCUUGUUGGUGGUUUGUGCCGAGGGUGGACAGGAUUCCGAGGGUCGAGUGAUAUUGUAAGAUCGUCCUACUCCGGUGGAGGGCUGUGAGUAAGGCAGCAACGGAAUGUUGCGUGUCUAUUGUUGGUGUAUGCAGGAGACGGGUGAUAGCGAUAGCGAUGUUCGAUCCUAGACGAUUGGCUUCUGUAGAAGGGCAAGGCAAGUGAACGUAGACA